AUGAAGUUCAACAAGAGCGUCUCCUCUUCGAGACGGAAGUCGAGGAAGGCGCACUUCACUGCGCCCUCCUCUGUAAGGAGAAAAAUUAUGACCGCCCCCCUCUGCAAGGAGCUCAGGAAGAAAUUCAACGUUCGCUCGCUGCCUAUUCGCAAGGAUGAUGAGGUGAUGAUCGUCCGCGGCCGCUUUCAUGAUCGCGAGGGCAAAGUGAUUCAGGUCUAUAGAAAGAAGUUUGUUGUUCACAUUGAGCGGAUCACUAGAGACAAGCCAAAUGGGGAGAGCACCCCGAUCGGCAUUCACCCCAGCAAGGUGGUCAUCACCAAGCCCAAGUUGAACAAGGACCGCAAGGCUCUGCUGGAGAGAAAGAGCAAAGCCGCCAACAAGGGCAAGUACACCGAGAAGGACGUCGCCCAGGUCGACUAA